GGCGUCAUGGCGGAGACCGGCUGUAGUAGGACCCGCAGCUGAAAUGUUAUCUACAAUCGCUGUAAAUUAAUCAUAUAUUGUUUCGAAUUCAAAACGGAAAAUUAAAAGUGAAACAUAUUUUACACUUCUGGAGGAAGAAAUCAAGAAACUUGGCUCGAAUUCUAGUAAGAUCAGUUGGGGCUGCUCUCCCCGGCCCGGGAGCUAGCUAGCAAGCUAUCUUUAGCUGCUAGUUCGCUAGCCAAAGAAAAUAAGAAAAAAGGACCACUGAAGUCGGACGGCAGAAUCAGACUGGCAGUUCGCCGUAGCUUCAAGGUGAACUGCAUCCAACACGUAAACCAGGGCAGCUUGGAUUAUAACAUUUUCUCAGAAGCUCAUAUAUCUGGGACUCGUAAGAGAUGGCUGGACGAAGUGAAGACGAGGGUGUGAGCAACAGCAGUGGAGAGUCAAGCAACUCGGACGAUGAGUCCGGGUCGGGCUCUGGAUCAGGCUCCAGCUCCAGUUCCAGCUCCAGUAGCAGCUCAGGAAGUGGCUCAGGAAGCGGCUCAGACUCCGGCAGCCAGUCCGAUUCCGACUCUGGGAAAUCCAAGGAGAAGAACGAACCAGAAAACAAAGCCAAGAUCGACGGAGCCGAGUUCUGGAAGUCCAACCCCAGUAUCCUAGCAGUUCAAAGGUCAGCUAUGCUCAGGAAACAGCAACUCCAGCAGCAACAACAACAGAGCUCUUCAAACAGUGGAUCGGAUUCGUCGAGCAGUGAGGAUUCAGAUGACGACUCGAGUGGAAAGAGAAGAAAAUCGGGUUCUGGAUCGUCCUCCGGGUCUGGGUCGGGUUCUGGAAGUGGUUCCGGUUCUGACUCGUCAGCACAGGAACAGGAGCACAGUGAAGAGUCGGAUGAUUACGAGCCCAGUCAUAAAGUCAAAAGCAGGAAGCUUCCAACCAAGGCCAACGCCAGAAACGGGAAGAAGAGCAAUGUGCAGAGGAAAAAGGCCUCUGCGGGCUCAUCCUCGGACGACGACUACGACGGCAAGAAGUCGUCGUCGAACCAGGGGCCCAGGCGCCAGGCCACGCAGAACGUCAGCUACAAGGAGGACGAGGAGCAGAAGACUGACUCUGACGACCUGGUGGAGGUGUGCGGGGAGGAUGUGCCUCCGCCAGACGAGGAUGAGUUUGAGACCCUGGAGCGCGUGAUGGAGACGCGGAUAGGGAGGAGAGGAGCGACGGGAGGCACCACCACAGUGUACGCAGUGGAGGCGGACGGAGACCCCAACGCCAACUUCAACACCAACAAGGAGGCGGGCGAGCAGCAGUACCUGUUCAAGUGGAAAGGCUGGUCCCAUAUCCACAACACCUGGGAGACGGAGGAGACGCUGAAGCUGCAGAACGUUAAGGGCAUGAAGAAACUAGACAACUUCAAGAAGAAGGAAUCGGACAAGAAGAAAUGGAUAAAAUGUUCUUCACCAGAGGAUGUGGAAUACUUCAACUGUCAACAGGAACUCAUGGACGACUUACACUCACAAUAUCAGCUGGUGGAGAGGAUAAUUGGGCAUUCAAAUCAGAAGUCGGCGGCGGGUUUUCCGGACUACCUGUGCAAGUGGCAGGGCCUGUCGUACUCCGAGUGCAGCUGGGAGGACGGAGCCCUCAUCUCCAGAAAGUACCAGAAGAGCAUAGAUGACUAUAUGCGCAGAAACCAGUCCAAGACCAUUCCCUCCAGAGACUGCAAGGUGUUGAAACAGAGGCCGAGGUUUAUUCCCAUGAAGAAACAGCCGUCCUAUAUCGGUGGAGAAGGACUGCAGCUCCGAGACUACCAGUUGGACAGCUUGAACUGGAUGGCUCACUCAUGGUGCAAGGGGAACAGUUGCAUCCUGGCAGACGAGAUGGGCCUGGGAAAAACCAUCCAGACCAUCUCCUUCCUCAACUACCAGUUCCAUGAACACCAGCUGUAUGGACCAUUCCUGCUGGUGGUGCCCCUUUCCACGCUCGUCUCCUGGCAGAGAGAGAUCCAACUGUGGGCCCCCCUCAUGAACGUGGUGGUCUACCUGGGUGACAUUAGCAGCCGGGGCAUGAUCAGAACACAUGAAUGGAUGCACGUUCAGAACAAGAGACUCAAGUUUAACAUCCUGCUAACAACAUAUGAAAUUCUCCUAAAAGAUAAGGGAUUCCUGGGGAACGUGCCAUGGGCCUUUAUCGGCGUGGAUGAGGCCCACCGGCUGAAGAACGACGACUCGCUCCUUUAUAAGACCAUGAUGGACUUCAAGUCCAACCACCGGCUGCUCAUCACCGGCACGCCGCUGCAGAACUCACUCAAAGAGCUCUGGUCACUGCUGCACUUCAUCAUGCCCGAAAAGUUCCACUCGUGGGAGAUAUUUGAGGAGGAACAUGGGAAGGGUAGGGACUCUGGCUACACCAGUCUACACAAGGAGCUGGAGCCCUUCCUGCUGCGUAGAGUCAAGAAGGAUGUGGAGAAGUCUCUUCCUGCUAAAGUGGAGCAGAUCCUCAGAGUGGAGAUGAGCGCCAUUCAGAAGCAGUACUACAAGUGGAUCUUGACGAGGAACUACAAGGCCCUGAGUAAAGGUACCAAAGGUAGCACGUCUGGCUUCCUUAACAUCAUGAUGGAGCUGAAGAAGUGCUGCAACCACUGCUAUCUCAUCAAGCCCCCCGAGGACAGCGAGUUCUACAACAAACAGGAGGCCUUACAGCACCUAAUCCGGAGCAGCGGGAAGCUGGUGCUGCUGGACAAGCUGCUGCUGCGUCUGCGGGAGCGUGGCCACCGUGUGCUCAUCUUCUCUCAGAUGGUCCGGAUGCUGGACAUCCUGGCCGAGUACCUGAAGAGCCGCCAGUUCCUCUUCCAGAGAUUGGACGGCUCCAUCAAGGGAGAGAUGAGGAAACAGGCGCUGGACCAUUUCAACGCUGAGGGCUCUGAGGAUUUCUGCUUCUUGUUGUCAACACGGGCGGGCGGUCUGGGCAUCAACCUGGCGUCGGCCGACACGGUGGUCAUAUUUGACUCGGACUGGAACCCACAGAAUGACCUGCAGGCCCAGGCCAGAGCCCACAGGAUUGGCCAGAAGAGACAGGUGAACAUCUACCGCCUGGUGACUAAGAGCUCGGUGGAGGAGGAGAUCAUUGAGCGGGCCAAGAAGAAGAUGGUGCUGGACCAUCUAGUCAUCCAGAGGAUGGACACCACCGGGAAGACGGUUCUCCACACCGGCACCGCCCCGUCCAGUGCCACUCCGUUCAACAAGGAGGAGCUGUCGGCCAUUUUGAAGUUUGGUGCCGAGGAGCUGUUCAAGGAGCAGGAGGGGGAAGAGCAGGAGCCUCAGGAUAUGGACAUCGACGAUAUCCUGAAGAGAGCCGAGACCAGAGACAAUGACCCCGGCCCCUCCACUGUUGGAGAGGAGCUACUCUCACAGUUCAAGGUGGCCAACUUCUCCAUGAUGGAGGAGGAGGAGAUCGUCAUGGAUUCUGAGCGCCACCAUCGGGGCUGGGACGACAUCAUCCCCGAGGAGCAGCGGCGGCGGAUGGAGGAGGAGGAGAGGCAGAAAGAGCUGGAGGAGAUCUACCUGCUGCCCCGCAUGAGGAACUGUGCCAAACAGGUCAACUUUAACGGCAGUGAGAGCCGGCGUAGUAGAAACAGACGGUAUUCCGGCUCCGACAGCGACUCCGUCUCGGAUCGCAAGAGGCCCAAGAAACGAGGACGGCCUCGGACCAUUCCACGAGAAAACAUCAAGGGCUUCAGCGAUGCUGAGAUACGAAGAUUUAUCAAGAGCUACAAAAAGUUUGGUGGACCACUUGAAAGACUGGAUGCUAUCGCCCGUGAUGCCGAACUAGUGGACAAGUCUGAACAUGACCUGAAGCGUCUGGCGGAGACGGUUCACAACGGCUGUCUGAAGACUCUCCGGGAGAACCCCUGUGGACCAGAGAAGACGUCAGGAGGCAGAAGAGGGAAAGUGAAAGGCCCUACGUUCAGGAUCUCGGGCGUCCAGGUGAACGCCAAGCUGGUGAUCUCCCACGAGGAGGAGCUGGCGCCGCUCCACAAAGCCAUUCCUGCCGACCCUGAUGAGAGGAAGAGGUACACAAUUCCAUGCCACUCCAAGGCAGCACACUUUGACAUUGAUUGGGGCAAGGAGGACGACUCUAGCCUGCUCAUAGGAAUCUACGAGUAUGGUUACGGCAGCUGGGAAAUGAUUAAAAUGGACCCUGACCUCAACCUGACACACAAGCUCCUACCAGACGACCCUGACAAGAAGCCACAGGCCAAGCAACUGCAGACGAGAGCAGACUAUCUUAUCAAAUUACUGAGCAAGGACCUGGCCAAAAAGGAAGCACAGAGGCAAGCAGGGACGGCCAAUUGGCGGAAGAGGAAACCGAGGAGUAAGAAGACCAAAGCUGUGAAGCCAGCCAAGGUGGACGAAGUGGUGAAGAGUCCGUCCUCUACGCCCCACUCAGACAAGUCCUCAGAGGACGAGAUUGAGGAGGAAAAGGAGGUGGUCCCGGUAAAGCUGCCACCCAGAAGGGGCCGAGCGGAACGCGUGGUGGUGAAGGAGGAGCCUGAGCCAGAGGAGGAGCCGGAGCCGCCUGAGGAGAAGGAGCCCAAAGAAAGGGAGAUGAAGAAAGAGGUUAAAAAGGAGAAGAAAGAAGAGAGCCGCGAGGUGAAAGAGAAGGACCUGAAAGAGAAGAAAGAAACCAAGCCCGUGGAUCCAGUACAUGAACAGGAAGAGGUCACAGGGGAGAAGCCGAGCGAGGUGAAGACUGAGGUACGGGAGAAGGUGAAGAAAACUUCAGACACUCCGGUCCACAUCACAGCAGGGGGAGAGAACAUCUCGGAGGAGUCGGAGGAACUGGACCAGAAGACCUUCAGUGUGUGUAAGGAGAGGAUGCGACCGGUCAAGGCGGCCCUGAAGCAGCUGGACCGUCCGGAGAAGGGCCUGUCGGAACGCGAGCAGCUGGAGCACACGCGCCAGUGCCUCAUCAAGAUCGGAGACCACAUCACAGAGUGUCUGAAGGAGUACUCCAACCCCGAGCAGAUCAAACAGUGGAGAAAAAACCUGUGGAUAUUUGUUUCAAAAUUUACAGAAUUUGAUGCAAGAAAAUUGCAUAAACUGUAUAAGCACGCAAUCAAGAAAAGACAAGAGAAUGCUCAGGCAGCAGAUGGGAUCACUAGCACUGUAAAUACCCAUGGCUUUAAACAUGCAGACAUCGAGAGGCUAAAAGACAACUCUCACCACGACGACAGCAGCAGGGACAGCUACAGCUCUGAAAGGCACCACUCGUCGUCGCGCUACCACGAGGACCGCGACAGCCGGGACAGGCACACCUCUGACCCCUACAGCAGGAUGUCGGGGAGCGGGGGGGACUCCAGGAAGAGACCCUACUCGUCCUUCAGCAACGGCAAAGACCACAGAGACCACUACAGGUCAGACCGGCAGGACAGCAGUCUUGCUCACAGUGUCCUCUUCAUCAGAUACUACAGCGACAGUAAGCACAGGAAGGUGGACGAGCACCGGUCAGGCCGAGACGGACGGAUGGACAGCAAGGAGCGCUCCCACUCUGACCACCGCUCCCAUUCCGAACACCACUCGGGCUCCGACUACUCAUCGGGCCACCACAAGUCGUCAUCGCGAGGUGACUCUUACCGCUACCAUGCAGACUGGCAGAUGGACCAACGGGCAUCGGCCAGCGGUCCCCGUUCGCCGCGUGACCAACGCUCGCCACGCGACCAACGCUCGCCCUACGACGGACGCUCGCCAUUAGGCCACCGGUCGCCCUUCGAGUACUCGUCAGACCACAAGAGCACGCCAGAGCAGAUCUGGAGCAGCCGCAAGACAUAACCGCCAGCGUCGGCCUGGGCUGGAGGAGCUAGCCUAGCGGGGAGAGUAUCAGCCAUAGACACGCGUUGAACACAGGAAAUGCCUUAUGGGGACUGUGGAAGAAAACAAAGCUGUACUACGCACUGUAUCUGUGGUGUCCUAUCUCCAACGGUGGACCACGUCCCAGGAACGAUGGCGGUGGGAGCGGGUUGGCAGACAAAUUGCAUAUUUUUGUAUUUAAGAGUUAAAAGCUGUGCCAUCAGUGUCGCAGCAUAGUUUCUUUUAUUAUUUUUAUAAAAUGGACGCCUUUUUUUACUCCAACGGACACAAAUACCCUCGAGUGCUGUCUCACCAACCCACGACACUGGAUCCUGCUAUUGACUGUUUGUCUCUCUCACGUUUUAAUGUGGUUUUCACGUUUAUUUAAAGAAGUGUUUAAAUCAAGAAGAAAAGUAACGUUUAUGUAUUUCUCUCAUAAUCAUGCUAAGAGUGGAUGUAAGGGUUCCGUCAAAAAGCAGUCUGAAUGACUUGGGCUCACCUUCCAAAGUACCUCGUUUACAGUGUUUCUAGUGACCACCUUGACGAUCUGUUUUUCUUUUUUGCAUCAUGCUUUAAUUAUUUAAUUUCUGUCUCCGCUGUAAAAUAACCAGGAUUUUUUUUGUGAGCAAUUUAAAAUGUCCCUUUUCACGAAUUAUACUACUGUAAAUUAUUGUAAAAUAGUAAAUCAAUGGGCUUUUUUCUUCUCAGGCUCUUUUUGGGUUUGUUAUUACAACUCUUACCUUUCCCCAUCAACUCAGGCUUUUUUGUCCGUUUUAAAUGUCAGUUUCGUACAACACUUAACUUUAAUGAUAAAUGCUAUUCAGAAUAACUUGGUAAACGGGGAAAUAUUCUAUUAGUUAAUUAUUCCCCUAGAGCAGGGGUACUCAACUCUUACCCUACUAGGUCCAGAGCCUGCUGGCUUUCUGUUCUACCUGAUAAUUAAUUGCACCCACCUGGUGUCCCAGGUCUAAAUCAGUCCCUGAUUAGAGGAGAAGAAUGAAAAAAAGCAGUGAGCUAGCUUGGAGGUCCAGAGUUGAGUUUGAGGGCUCUAGAGCGACUUCUUCGUUUAUUUGUUUCUUUUGUGAAUUCUGUUGUGAAUACAUGUCGGAAUAGACGAGUUGAAAGCUCAAGUUUUACUACAACAUGUCGUGGAAAACCAGGAGAAAACCAGGAGGGGUCUAUCAAAUACAAGCGCCUGUAAGAUCUCAAAUAAACUAGUCUUUUUACAGAAAUCAUUUUUUCUUUUUUUUAACAUAGGCAAUAAUGUCAAAUCUUCUAUGCAGCCAAGUGUAUUUCUGGUGAACAGCCUAACUGAGUGAAGCUGCUGUUACAGUUCAGUUGUACAUAGAUUUUUUCUCUAUAUUUCAAAAUGAAUUUACACUGAAAAUGCAUGGAUUUUUAAGAUCAUUGUUUUAUAUAGUUUAUAAAGUCAUUAAACUCAAUCACUGUACUCACUUGUAA